CUUUUAGUGAUAGGCAGGUAGUUCGUUGUUAACGAAAAUAUCCGAGUAUUCAUCGGGCGUUCGAGCUAUAUAUUUAGUCUACUGUGUGAGAGUCAAGGGCUUUAAUGUAUUGUGCAGAAUACUGUGUACCCCGCAGUUUGACACACAGUUCAUCGUGAUUUUGGCCGAGAAACACGUCCGUAGGCGUUUGUCAGAAUAGUACAAUGUCGAAAAAGCCAGCCUUUAUGGCUACUAAGGGCGCCGCAGUUACUUUGGAGGACAAAGAACUCUGGGGCAAGUUCUAUGAAAACACAACGGAGAUGCUGGUGAAUGUGCGCGGUAAACGAUUGCAUCCUGAACUAAAAUUGAAGGUGUCGGGGCUAAAAGCCAAGCAAAAGUACCGAGUUUGGCUAGAAUUUUCUUCAGAUGACGACACGGCAUGUUGGAAAUGGGACGAUAUGGCUCAAAAGUGGAAUAUCGAGGCUAAAGCUGUGAGACCCGGUGUGAAGGGAGUGAAAUAUGUGGGACCAAAGUAUGAGAAAUAUGCUCUCCCAGGGCCGUCGAAAGCUGGUGCCGAACUUAUGGCGGAGACACUUUGCUUUCCUGAUAUGCUGGUUUCAAACGAUAGGAAUAGCAGAGACGAUGUUGUGCUAGAAUGCGAGAAGCGGUACACUCCUGUGGUGCAUAUUGAACCGAUAGAGAUGCCCACAAAGAAUGUGUGUCUCACAGAGAAGGAGAAACAAGAAUUGCUUGAAAGUCAAGAUCCAAAUGGCGAAAGUGCAACAAGCAAUAUCAACUCGAGCGACACAGGCGCCAAGAAAAAGAAGAAAUCGAAGGAGGAGAAGAGGCUGGAGAAAGAAAUAGCCAAAUGGGGUAAGACAGCGCACAGGCUUGAAUCAGCCAUAUUCAUCGCCACCCAGCAUUUACAGAACGCAAAAAUCAAAUCCCUGAAAAACGCGCAUCCGUUGCUCUCGCAACUGCAGAAAAGAGGGGCGGCGAGUAUGAGAAAGACAAGUCUUAAGGCCACCAGAGGAAAACACAAGCGCGAUACCGAGCCGUAUGACUACAACGCGCAGGCGUGUAACAACAUCCUCAACGCCGAAGGAGUGCGGGAGAGGAAUUGCCAUUCGUUGAAUGAUCUCAAGCAGUACAAUCCCGAUUUGGAGGGUUCCAUAAUGCACAACAACCAAGGCGACGUUUACGAUAGGAAUGGCCUGUAUACAAAAUCCGGCGUCCUAGAUGAGCAGCGAUUGGCGUAUAUUCUGAAGAAUGGGCCGCUGAGAGGUUCGUCGGAGUCUAUGCCCCGCGCGCAGUCCACCGAACCCACUCAUAGCGGAGACGAGUUGCUCACACACUCUAACGCCCACGCACAGGGGUUGCCCGGCGGUGGCAGUACACACUACCAGGGUGGUCAGUUGCAAGCCGCCUGUGAAGGGAAUGUGGCAUCGGCUAUGGAGAUGCCUCGCAACUACGCCUAUAGCGGCUGCAACAAUUCCGAGUUUGGCAACAGUGUGGAAGAUCUCAGCGUGGGCAGACCGGUGAUGGAGAUGGGUGUGAGCGCCUGUAUGUCAGAGCUAGCUGGCGGUGCAGCCUGCCGUGGUGUGCAGUGGGAUGAGGGACAUAGGAAGGGUAUGAGACCCGUGAACAAUCAGCACCCCCCACGCGCACCCACGCCAUCGCACGCACCCACGCCAUCGCACGCACCCACGCCAUCGCACGCACCCACGCCAUCGCACGCACAGUAUGACCCCGCCCAUCUGACGGGCGUGCGAGAGGGAUACAGCCGGUCGUCGCUGCAACCAAACAGAACCCACUCCACACAUGCCCCUUCCAGAGCAGUGCCACCGACCCCACAGAAACGGCCCACGAGUAGGGCGGAGAUAUUGGCAAUGAGAGGUCUGCGAUACACAGCGAGUGCGGGCUCUCACACAUACGCCGCGCCACCCGACGCGAUAUCCAGCAUGACACAGCAGCCAGUGCACAACCCAAGUACACAGCAGCCAGCGCAAAACCCGAGUAUACAGCAGCCAGCGCACAACCCGAGUGGGGGAGCCAACUCGCACAAUUCCAGCAGCAGCAUGCAGGAACUGGCGUCUGCCAUACAGCCUAAUAUGCGGCCGAGUGUCGCUGGCGAUACCCACCCCGGGCCAAUGCCUAGGCCAAACAGUACGGACGUACGCAAGCCAGUACACCGGACACUGUCAACUCGCACUGGGGAUGAGGACAUGGACGUAGACAGCCCACGACGUUGGAGUGGGGAGGCUGGCGUGGCCAGGGUGAGAUCAGCCAGCCAGGCCUUUACGCACAAUCUGGAACGAGCGCAACUGCAGCAGAAACUGGAGGUUGUAUCGUUAGUCACUGGACCACAGCCGUUUGGUAAGACUUCGGGGUCCCUGAACAACGAGAGGGUGUCCAUGCCCAUCGCGUCUCCGCGAUCAUUUGGCAGCAGUGUGCGUAGUAUGAACAGUGAGGAGCACAGGUACGACUAUGGGUCUGAGCAUACGCUCCACGUGGGCGAGCCACAGAUGAAGUACGGCCCUGCCAUUACCAACGAACAAGGGACGCGAUGGCAUACAGUGGGUGGCACGGUUGUGAAGACAUUGAGUGGCGGAGAGAGACUGUCACGGCCUAGUGGGUCGAGCCGAUCUAUGGAUGGGAUUGAUGCCAUGGUGUCGAUGGAUGUGAGUGGGAGUUGGUCUGGCAGGGGAAGCAGGUUAGAGGAACGCUUGAGACAAAUCCAUGCACAGCAACAACAGCAGCAACAGCUGCAGCAGCAACAACAACAACAACAGCAGCAGCAGCAGCAGGAACAACAACAGCAACAACAACAACAACAGCAACAACAACAACAGCAACAACAGCAACAGCAACAAAAUCAACAACAACAACAACAAUAUCAACAUCAACAACAACAUUAUCAACAGCAGCAAAAUCAUAUGGAUGGGAGUGUGCUACGUAGUUAUUCGGGGGCGUAUCACAACAAGGGUCAUGGGCACUCUCAGCAUCCCUACCAUCCAAGUAGGAACAGUACAAACGCGCACGCACACAAUGCGAGGGGACGGGCACUUGUUUCAUCCAAGAGCCUGAAUAGCAUUACCACGAGUUCGAGUGAUGAUCUUCUCAGUACAUCCAUGCCGUCACUAGCAGAUAUCAUAUCACAGUCGCAGAAGUUGUACUCAGAACUGCAACAGCCGUCACUACUGCAGCCAAUGCAAACUGAUAUGGCUGUAGACGGCGCAGCACGGACACAGACAGUGGGGACGAUGGCGGAUGCGUGCAUGAGCACAAAUAAUAUCACUCAAUCAGAUGUAUACGGACAAAGUAAUAAUUACAACAACCAACUGUAUGCCCAGUUCCUGGCCAGCAAUCAAGGGGUCUUCAAUGGGGCAGGGAAAUUCAGUACGGGUAGAGACGGACUUGUACAAGCGAAGAAGAAGGACACCCGCACAAGUGCAGGCUUGACCAGUUUGGGUGCUGAUCUGGCUCUAUUGAGUGUGCUGUGUCCCGACGGGUCGCUUGGGGCUGCCAUGCCAUCCGAAGGUUACGGUUUGGAAUGGUUAAAGGACGAUGUAAGUGGAGAUAGGUAAAGGAGUAUUACUAGUAAUUAAAGUAUUUGGCCUA